UGUUAAUCAAAAUUGUGUUGCACCCCUCACUAUGUUCCACAAGAAAUCUUGCGACACCUUCACCUCGAAUUCUAUUGCGCACACCUUCGAUCGACCAUAUCAGAUAUGUGUGAACCUCAAGAACGGGAUAAGGAACCUUUCAGUCCGGACAUAGUGGCUGAUUCGCGUUCAUCACACCUAGCAAACCCAGGUCCGUUAGGAUUCGGUGCCUUUGCAACAACCCUCAUGACCCUAUCAUUCUCUGUGAUGGGCUUUCGCUCCGUAUCCAACCAGACCGUCUUCAUCGCCAAUCUCUGCUUCCUGGCCGGCAUCGGACUCCUGAUCUCCGCCCAGUGGGAGAUGAUGAAGGGGAACACAUUUGCCUACACAGUUCUUGGAGCUUUCGCAUCCUAUUAUGGCGGAUAUGGAGUGUUACUUAUGCCACCAUUGGGUAUCGUCGACUCGUAUGGAGGUGAGACUACCGAGUAUUACAAUGCGUUCGGACUGUAUCUGUCAGUUAUGUUUGCUUCUCAGGUAUGGGUUGAGAGGCCCAGUGAACGUCGUCAACACACGAUCUAUGGUGCUUUAGAGCUGAGUUACAUCUUCAACUGCACGGCGAACUUCAUGAUGGCGGAUGGUCAUUCUGCCCUCGGAGACACAUUCACCACCAUUGCGGGGGCGUUCGGCAUGGUCUCUGCGCUGGCAGUUUUCUAUAAGCUGGGCCACGAUCUCUGCCAGGAUGCGCUGCCCUGUGAGAUCCCGCUUAUCCCCACUUCUCGCGUAUUGUUCAACUCGUAA